AAACAGAGCGUCUCUAGAUCCCUCUAACCUGCUCUUGCAUUCGGGUAAAAACAGAAGAUUAUUUAUUCAACUUGGAUCAGAGGAUGGAUUAUACCUUGGAAGACACACAACGCAAGGAGAAACUUCUGAAGACUGUUUAUACCCUACAAGUUAAAUCAGAUGCCACUUUUCAGAAAGCUAGUCCUCUCCUGACCAACCAUCCAGGCAUGGGCAUGGUGACUGACCGCCAAGUUCACCAACUGGCAGAAAAAGCCAAGGUCAUCUGCCAUGACCUUGAUAAUAUCAAAAACCACCUUUAUUAUCGGCAAGAUGACUUGGUUCGGAGGAUUCCAAAUCCCAACAGGAAGCAUUAUGGAGCAGUAUGUGGAAUUCACUGUUCACCAGAUGGGGUGGUCUACAUUACUAGUGAGAAUGCACCCAGGGUCCAUAUUCUUAAUCGCUCUGGCCAGAUGUUUCGGUCCAUCCCAUGUGUAGAAUGGAAGAAGGAGGUUUUUUUACCCGAGGAUGUGACUGUCACCAGAGUUGGUAUGGUGGCUGUCACAGACAUGCUGAAUGGAACCAUCCACAUAUUCAAUGACCGCUCCAAGUUCUCCAAGGGUGAAUGGCUAAGAAUUGGGAAGUUUUGUUCCCCCAGAGGAAUUGGAGUUGAAGCAUCAGGAAGGAUCCUGGUGGCUGACUACACCGAAGGAAAAGUCCAUAGCUUUAACUUGGAUCGGGCUUUCAGGAUGCAGAACACCCACUCUAUCUCCAACCUACGUGGGCCAUGCUACGUGUGCAUGAUACCUGAUGGGGGGUUUGCAGUGAGUGAAGAAUGUGGCGAUGUCAAGCUCUUUGACAGCAGUCACAAACUGGUCUCUUCCAUCAGUAGCAACUACAGCCACCGUUUUGGCAAUCCUGCUGGCAUCUGUGCUGAUAAGGAAGGCAAUGUCAUUGUUGCAGAUGAACAGCAUCAGAAAGUACACCUAUUUCCUAAGAGCGGAUCUCCAAUCUGCCUCGUCUCUAAAGGUCUGCUGAGACCAACAGGAAUUGCCUGUUCCACUGACGGGUUACUUUUUGUCACCGAUAGCGGAGACAAUGAUGUCAAAGUCUUCAAAUAUCGUGUGAGACCUCAUUACAGUUCUGACAUUCUAUGCAUACCUGGUGAUAGGCCAAAUUAUUCACCUCAAGGGAAGGCAGGAUAGGCUCCAUUGCUUUUAUACACACAUCCAUUUCUUUACCACAUUACCUCAUUAAAUCUGCAUUCACUUGUCCAACAGUACACCAUG